GAAGAAACCCAACAAUUAAAAGAUUCAUAAGUAUACCAAAAAGUAAAGGAAAAGAAAGAUCAUAUAUGGGGAUCGUGGAAGAAGCUCAUAACGUGAGAGUAGUUGGAACAGGGAAUCAAAUUGUGGUACUGGCUCAUGGCUUUGGAACAGACCAAUCCGUGUGGAAGCACCUCGUACCUCAUCUAGUUGAUGUUUAUCGCGUGAUUCUAUAUGACAACAUGGGAGCCGGUACCACAAAUCCAGACUAUUUCGACUUUGAACGAUACUCCACGCUCCAAGGCUUUGUGUAUGAUCUACUCGCCAUUUUGGAAGAGCUUCAAGUUCAAUCAUGCAUCUUCGUUGGUCACUCUCUUUCAGCUAUGGUGGGUGUCCUCGCUUCAAUCUCUCACCCUCACCUCUUUUCUAAGCUCAUCUUAGUCUCCGCCUCUCCAAGGUUUUUGAAUGAUGCAAAUUAUUAUGGAGGGUUCCAGCAAGAAGAACUGACACAAUUGUACGAUGGGAUUCGAUCGAAUUACAAAGCAUGGUGUUCGGGGUUCGCACCGCUGGUGGUUGGUGGCGAUAUGGAGUCGGUGGCGGUGCAGGAAUUUAGUAGAACAUUAUUUAACAUGAGGCCUGAUAUAGCAAUGAGUUUGGCCCAGACCAUAUUCCAAUUUGAUAUGAGGCAAAAUUUGGGCCUGGUCACCGUGCCUUGCCACAUCAUACAAAGCACAAAGGACUUGGCCGUACCAGUUGUUGUUGCUGAAUAUCUGCGACAGAGCCUUGGGGGAAAUCCAUCGUGGAGGUCAUGCCCACGGAGGGUCACUUGCCACAGUUGAGCUCGCCGGAUAUUGUAAUUCCGGUGCUGCUCAAUCACAUUCAGCACGAU